AUGGCGCGCAUCCUCUGCAGUGACCCGAUCGAUCCCGUGUGUCCCGACCUCCUGCGCGCCGCCGGCCACGACGUCACGUGUAGCUCCUCGCGACUCUCUCAUGCCGAAUUGGUGGCGCAGGUGCCCGACUACGACGUGCUGCUCGUGCGCUCGGGCUCCAACGUCGACCGUCACGUGCUGGAAGCUGCCCAGAAGCUGCAGCUCAUUGGACGCGCGGGCACGGGCGUGGACAACGUGGAUUUGGUCAACGCGACGAAACAGGGCGUUCUCGUGAUGAACACGCCGUCGGGCACGACCGUCUCAGCUGCUGAGCUCACGUUGGGGCUCAUCACUGCAGUCUCUCGCCUCGGGAAAGAGGCCGACGGUGCGGAGCUCGUCGUGCGCAACUCGGAGAUUCAUGGCAAGACGCUCGGACUGGUUGGGCUCGGCCGCAUUGGCCGCGAAGUCGCGACGCGGUGCAAUGCUUUCGGCAUGAACGUGAUCGGGUACGACCCGAUUCUGUCCAAUGCUAGUGCCAAGGCGCACGGCGUUGAGCCUGUAGCGCUGGACGAGCUCUUUUCUCGCAGCGACUACAUUUCGCUCCAUGUGCCGCUGAAUGCCAAUACGAAACACUUGGUCAAUGCACAGCGCCUGACGUUGUGUAAAGAAGGUGUCAAGCUUGUGAACGGAGCGCGGGCGGGUUUGAUUGACCACUCGGCGUUGCUGGAGGCUAUUGAAAGCGGCAAAGUGGCAGGUGUGGCUUUUGACAUUGAUUCGCCGUCGUCGGCACCGGACACGUGGACGAAACUCGUGAGUCAUGAUAAUGUGAUUGUGACGCCGCAUAUUGGCGCACUGACCGCCGACGCGCAGGAAAAGGUGGCGCGCGACUUGGCUUACAAAGUAAACGAUGCUCUGGCCGGAAAGUCGUUCAAGGGUGUACUCAAUGCGCCAAAUAUUGACUUUGCCAAGCGUGAGGAGCUCAUGCCGCUGCUGUCACUUGCGGAAAAGCUCGGUAGUAUGCAGGCGCAGUUGCUUGACAUCAGCCGUUUGAAGCGCGUGCUUGUCAUUGCAGAAGGACCCAAAGUCACGUCAUCGGAGCUCUCGGGGCAACUGGUCAAAGGUGUACUGAAGGGUUUGCUUUCGCACAUGCUGGAGGAAGAAGUGACGUUUAUGAACGUCAAGCAGCUAGCGGACGCCAUGGGCAUCCAGAUCGUAGAGCACAAGCACGACGAGGCGUCUGGUAGCAGCUUCUCCGACCAGCUUACCGUCAUAUUCGAGAAAGAGAACGAGACGUCGAAGCAGAUCACGGGUACAGUGUUCGGCAAGGACCAGUUGCGUUUUGUGUCGUUCGACGGUGUCCCCAUGGAUGCCAUUCCGAGUGGAUCCAUGCUGCUAUUCAACAAUACUGACCAGCCUGGAGUGCUGCACAAAGUGACGUCGGUCCUGGCUAAGCACAGGAUCAACAUUGGCUGUUUCGGUCUAGCGCGUGAAAAAUUGGGCACCGCUGCUGUCGGCGUGCUUAAUGUCGACGAGGCCAUUCCCGACGCUGUUAUCGAGGAGCUGGAAGGGCUGGGGAUGCUCACCAAUCUUCGUCGCGUGAACUUGCUUGGACUGGACACGACCCUUUCUGACCGCAUAUGGAAGAAGUUCUUGAAACCGAGUGCUAGCACUGUGGACGAAGGAGCUGCUACUACAGAGAAAGAAGCUGGAGUUGAUGUUGUGCACCACCCGAAACCACGCGUCAAGCCAGCGUCACCGAACUUUGGCUCAGGACCUUGCAAGAAACGCCCGGGGUACUCACUCAGUUCCAUUCCUGACAUCAUUCUGGGCCGCAGUCACCGUUCAAAGCUAGGCAAGGGCUUGCUUGAGGAAGCCAUCGUGCGCUCGAAAGAGAUUUUGAAGCUCCCGGAAGACUACCGUCUUGGAAUCGUACCAGCCUCGGACACCGGUGCCUUCGAGAUGGCGAUGUGGUCCAUGUUAGGCGAGCGUCCCGUGGAUGUGUGCUAUUGGGAGUCGUUCGGCAAGCAGUGGUUCAAGGACGUCACGACGGAACUCAAACUCGACAACGUGAGGGAGUUUAGUGCACCGUUUGGCCAGAUCCCGGACCUCAGCCAAGUGAACUGUGACCACGACGUGUUGUUUACGUGGAAUGGCACGACCAGUGGCGUUCGUGUUCCCAAUGCCGACUGGAUUCCGCACGACCGCAAGGGUCUCAUUUUCAACGACGCUACGUCGGCCGCGUUUGCCAUGGACAUUCCGUGGGACAAGAUUGAUGUGUGCACGUUCAGCUGGCAGAAGGUGCUUGGUGGCGAGGGCGGUCACGGUGUCAUUAUCUUGAGUCCUCGCGCAGUGGAGCGUUUGGAGUCGUUUGUGCCUGCGAACCGCCCGAUCCCUAAGAUUUUCCGCAUGACGAAUGCCAGCACAGGUAAGCUUUUGGACGGCAUCUUCGAAGGCAGCACGAUCAACACGCCGUCGAUGUUGUGCGUCGAGGACUACCUUGACGCCCUGCGCUGGGCUGAGAGCGUGGGUGGCCAAGACGGAUUGAUUGCGAUCUCGCAGCGCAACUUGAAGGUGCUCGAGGACUUUGCUGUCGAUAACUCGAGAUGGUUCCGGUUCCUCGCAGCCAGCAAGGAGACUCGCUCCAGUACAUCCGUGUGCGUGCUGAUCGACGGUCUGUCGAAGCACGAGGUGAAGCAGAUGCAGGAGCUGCUAGAGCGCGAACAGGUCGCGUACGACAUCGGUUCCUACCGGGACGCGCCACCAGGACUGCGUAUCUGGUGCGGUGCUACGGUAGAGACGAAGGACCUGGAAGCGUUGCUGCCGUGGAUCAAGUGGGCGUACCUCGAGGUAAAAAGCGCCCGAGACGCUACGACUGAGUAG